AUGUUUUCAGCGCCACCGGUCAGUGCUGGCGAGCAGCCGAUUCUAAAUGCCCUGAUAACCAUCCGCAACCGGCUUGCGGCGCUGAAGAAGGACCGCGGCAACUACUACAAAGCGGAUGAGAUCGUGGGCAUGUACAACGAGCUGCUUCUGAUGGUGCAGGAGCUGCAGGCGACGCGUAUUUCCGAGCAUCACGACGACGACUCCUUCAAGAACCGCGUGGACUCGGUGCUGGACGAGUGCUUCCAGCUGUUCUCGCUGUUCUACCUGGCGCUGGGCAAAAACAAGGAGAUCCCGGCGACCUAUGUGCAGCUUGUUACCAUUAAGCAGAACUUUGAGCUGCUGAACGAGACCGGAAUCUACACCGACGCCGAUUUGGCGCCGUUCCAGAAGCGGCUUGCGGAGAUUCGGAAUCUGGUGAACACAGAAAUAGCCAAGGAGGAUGGCGACGACCUAAAGGCAAUCGGCAAGCAGCGCCCCGAGAUGCUGCUGGUGUCGCGGCGGCUGCGGCAGUGCGAGAGGGAGCUGGCGGCGCUGGAGCACACAACGCAGGUGAUCAGCGACGAGCUGACGCCGACGUACGAGGAGCUGGUGAAGAUCCGGCGGCGGCUGGCGGCGCUGUCGCUGCAGCCGCACGAGACGGCGAUCGGAGAGGCGCGCGAGGUGCAGAAGCGGCUGAUUGAAAUCGACGACCAGCGGGUGAACGACCGGUUUGUGCUGCAGGACGGCUCGGUGGCGGCCGGGCAGACGCAGGUGGUGGGCCUUUUGGAAGAGUGCUUUGACAGCCUGCAUGAGGUGCUGGUGGAGGGCAGCUGCGUGCCUCCGGAUCUGGCGCCGGUGUACUCGCGGCUGCUGGAGAUCCGGGCGCAGCUGGACAAGCUGCUGCUGACGAGCCGGUGGACGCUGCGGGAGACGGACCUGUGGAGCUACCAGGUGCAGCUGCAGGAUAUCGAUGCGAUGCGGCGCAACGGGCAGUUCAAGGACUCGUCGGGGGAGCCGGCGCCGCAGCAGGCGCAGGCGGUGCUGAACUUUUUGCUGCACAAGUGCUACAACUACGUCUACAAGCUCUUGUCGUCGAGCGAGCCCGUGGCCGAGUCGCUGAUGCCCGUGCAUAACCAGCUGCGCACGCUGCGGCGGUGCCUGCUGGAGGUCAAAAAGUACGGCGGCCCGCUGACUGCGCGCGACCUGUAUCCCUACCAGAUGAAGCUGUCGAGCAUCGACAAUCUGCGGACCGACGGCAAGUUCCUCGACGAGGAGGGCCAUGUGCCUGAGGGCCAGGGCGUCGUCAUGUCGCUGCUCAACGAGUGCUACGAUCUGAUGUACGAGCUCAUGUCCACUGACGUCGACGAGUAA